AUGCUGCAGUCCCAUCGCAAUCGCGUCUUCCAUGAUUUCCGCAAUGGGGCCUGCAGAAACCUGGUCUCGUCGGAUCUUUUCACGCGAGGAAUUGACAUUCAGGCAGUGAACGUCGUCAUCAAUUUCGACUUCCCUAAGACGUCUGAGACGUAUCUUCACAGGGUCGGACGAUCUGGAAGAUUCGGUCAUCUUGGCUUGGCGAUCAAUCUCAUCACAUACAAUGACCGGUUCAAUCUUUACCGGAUCGAGCAAGAGCUUGGAACGGAAAUAAAGCCCAUUCCUCCACAGAUCGAUAGGACGAUCUACUGCUCUUAG